CCCGAACUUGCCAACUGCCCGGUGCAGUUAAAACCACGCAAGAUGACUUACCCACCUGCCACCUCAGCCGUUCCCUCAGGCAUAUACCUGCACCCCAUAUCUCUAACCCUCAACCCUCCACCUCCUCCCUCCCACUCCUCAAACUCUUCUCCUCCAACCUCUCCUUCACCCUCUUCACCUUCUUCUUCUAUUUCCACCUCCACUACUCGCAACCCCCUCCCAGCACACCUUCCAGACCACUACGCCGUCCUCCACCUCGACACAUGGGCCACAUCCGAAGAGAUAAAAUCCUCCUACCGCUCCCUGCGCGCCGAGUACUUCCGCUCAGACCCCGCAAAGUAUCGCGCUCUUCAAGCCGCCUACGCCGUCUUGGUGGACGCCGAAGCGCGAAGGAAGUACGACGUCGUGUACAGGGCAAGCAAGGGAUUACCCGUACCAGUUCGCAGGGCGCUGCUGGCGGACAAGACCAACGAGAGCAACAGCGACGAUAAUGGCACGACCACUGCCAGCGGAGACGUGACAGCGGCGAACAAGGGAAAUACCAUCGACAUUCGCAAGGAUGCCGCUGCCGCAGCCGUUGGCGAACAAUCGAACAUGAUGAAGGCGGCAACAACUGUGCGGCAUGCAAAAUCUGGUCAACUCCGCCAACCAGGACGCGUGCAACUACAGGCCAGCAAACUCGAGGAUGCCAUCAGCUUGAACGCAGAAGCAGCGGCAGUAGCGGCGAAGAAGGUCCAGAAUCGUAUUCCCAGCCCCGGCAGCGGGAUCAAGGAACCACCCCAGCGCAAGGUCGACACGAUCCCGAAACCCAGCUCAAUUCCACCUCCACAGGGUGCAACGACUCUGGAAACCAAGCGUUCCGUGGAGACAGCACUUGAACUGCAGGGGCCCCACGAUCCCAAUCACGCACUGAAGAACCAUGGGCUGGACAUGAAGCGCUGUGCAGAGUACGCCCGACGUCGCUACCAGAGCAACAUUCCCAUCCUAGAAGCGUACAAGGGGCGACACUCGCACCCAGAGUUGCUUUGCACGCGGCCAAAGUAUGUUCUUGAAAUGGCGAGAAUGGCUUUGCCUUGAAGGACUUCAAGACGGACGCUGUAGAUGUUUUUUCUUUGAGACACCCUGUUCUUGACAGUUUGCCGGAC